GAGGAUGAAAAUUCCCGUGAGACGACGUCAGACAGACUCACAGUAAUGGAGCAUCCUACUUCUGAGUCUAGGGAAGUCUGUGAAGCCAGAUUAGGGCAGCUGUUGGGAAACCCAGAAGAGCAGAGCCCAGGGAGCCCCCAGUCUCAGGAGGAUGCGUUUAAACAAGUCACAGUGACCCACUGGAAAAUCCAAACGGGAGAGACAGCCCAGGUGUGUGGUAAGCCAGGGAGAAAUACUAUUCUGAACCCGAACCUUCUUAUACUUCAAAGAGAGCUUGUGGAAGGGGAGUCCCAUCCUUGUGGUAUUUGUGGUAAAAGUUUCCCAUUUAACUCAGACCUAGUUAAACAUCAGAUUUCUCAUUCUGGGGAGAAGCCUUAUAAAUGUGAGCAUUGCGGGAAAGACUUCAGUCAGACCUCACACCUGGCAGAGCACCAGAGAGCCCACGCUGAAGACAGAUUAUAUGUGUGCAGUGUGUGUGGGAAGGACUUCAUUCACUACACAGACCUUGCUGAGCACCAGCAAGUUCAUCUGGGAGAAAAGCCAUUUCGAUGUGCUCAGUGUGGGAAAGCAUUUUGUCACAGCUCAGACCUCCUUCGGCACCAGAGAGUUCACACUAGAGAAAGGCCUUUUGAGUGCAAAGAGUGUGGGAAAGGCUUCAGUCAGAGCUCCUUACUCAUUCGCCAUCAGAGAAUUCACACAGGCGAAAGACCUUAUGAAUGUAACGAGUGUGGAAAAUCCUUUAUCAGGAGCUCCAGCCUUAUUCGGCAUUACCAAAUCCACACAGAAGUAAAGCAGUAUGAAUGCAAGGACUGUGGGAAGGCCUUCCGCCACCGUUCAGACCUUGUUGAGCACCAGAGGAUUCAUACUGGGGAGAGGCCUUUUGAGUGUAACGAGUGUGGGAAGGCCUUUAUUCGCAGUUCAAAACUUAUUCAGCAUCAGAGAAUUCACACUGGAGAGCGGCCCUAUGUUUGCAAUGAGUGUGGGAAGCGCUUCAGCCAAACAUCCAACUUCACUCAGCAUCAGAGAAUCCACACUGGGGAGAAACUCUAUGAGUGUGAUGAAUGUGGAAAGGCCUUCUUCCUGAGCUCGUAUCUUAUCCGGCACCAGAAAAUCCACACUGGUGAGCGGGUAUAUGAAUGUAAAGAAUGUGGGAAGGCUUUUCUGCAGAAAGCCCACCUCACAGAGCAUCAGAAGAUCCACACUGGGGACCGACCAUUUGAGUGCAAAGACUGUGGGAAAGCCUUCAUCCAGAGCUCUAAACUGCUGCUCCACCAGAUUGUGCACACCGGAGAGAAGCCCUAUGUGUGCAGUUUCUGUGGGAAAGGCUUCAUCCAGAGGUCCAACUUCCUCCAACAUCAGAAGAUGCAUACUGAAGAGAAGCUGUACGAGUGUAGUCAGCUUGGAGAGGAUUGUACACCACCCCCUGACUUUAUCCACCAGGAGGGCCUUACCCUAAGUGAGGCUUCUACAUGUUUAGAUGAGAGAUCCACAGGGCAGUAGGGUCAUAUGGCUAACGUAUGAUCACUAACUCAGAGUAGUGGUUGGUGGUGGGUGGAAUUAGGGUUUUUACUAAGGUUUGCAAGCUUUGAAUGAUGUGUCAGUUUCCUGAAUCAUGGAGGAGCUGUGUUUGGAGUGGCCUGGUGCCUGCCACUGGAUGGCUGGCUUUGAACUGGAACAGGUUGGGGGAAGAAAAGGUUUCUAGAUUGUAUUCACAAACACAACCCACUCUUGAGUUCAAUCCUUUCAGAGCAGAGCUAUGAAUUUAGUCUUAUUACUUAAGAGAGGGUUGUCUGUCAGGCCAGAGAAGAUUUUUCUCAUGUAAAACCCCUAGUGUAUUCUCUGUUGUGCUGCGGAUGACCCCCAAACCCCCAUGUCCUGUGUCCUGAAGCUUUUAUAUCCUUGACUGUUGAGUUCCUGGCCACACAGUUGGUGUGUCCCUCUUCUCACUAACCACACUGCUCUGCUGACUGGCUCAUCUUGCAAGGCUCUGAUACCAUGUCAAGGAACAUUUCCCUUGCACUUAGCCAGCAAGAUUUCCAUCCUUUUGAGGCUCAGUGCUUAUCUCUUAUUACUGAGUUAUGAGUUAUUUGUCUUUACAGUCAUUUCCUUGAUAGUGAUCAUGUCCUGGUUGAUUUAUACAUCCCCACUGUUCAGUGUGUGGCCAUGAAAAACAUCGCCAUGUCUGUGUAGUUGGCAGCUCUUGCUUUGUCCUUUCUGUAUUGCUGUUUUAAAAUUAAGAGGGAUUUUUGUGUUGGUAUGAUCUAGUCUGCUGGACAUACCUUCUCUCCUGUACCCCAUAAUGCCUUCUGCUCCUGCCUUAGAGUUGCAGAGUUACCUGUCUUUUUUGGCCCCCUCCCAUUGUCACCUGUAGCCUCACCUGGAACUGCCUACUGCCCUCAUUGCCCCCAGGUACUUGAGGGGUACACCGCACAACUGUUCUAGUUCAUCAUGUCUUUCAGGAGGGUGUCAUUGUGUCUUCAUCAUUUUUCUUGUCAGUGACACAUCAUAUCUGACAGACAUCAUCACUUAAAGAUAGAGAGGCUUAGUUUGGCUUACAGUUUCAAAAGUUUCAGCCCAAGGAAGAAAUGGCAUAGUAGAAGGGCUUAGCAGAGAAAAGUUGCUUAUGUCAUAGAGCCCAGAAGGCAGAGAGCAAAAGGAGAGCCAGAGAGGGAACUAACACCUUUCCAGGUUACGUCCCCAUUGGCCUGCCUUUAACUGGGCCCCAAUUCAUAACACCACCCUGAACUGCUACACUUAGUGGAUGGAUAUCCUGAAGAGUAUGGUCCUCCCACAUACCAGUCACCUUCCAAAAGCCCCGCCGCUGAGCACAUGAGAGUUUGGGAAGACAUUUUAGAUCUAAACCAUAAUAGCUCCAAGAUUGACUCUACUCUUAGCAGUUUCUUGUCCUCUGGUCCACAUUAUCGCUCAUUUGAAAAUGUACUGAGUUGACAUCUAUAAGGAAUAGUCCUGGGUAUGGGGAGGGCAAGAGUAAAGAGGCCAUCUGCAUGGCAGUAGUGGGGAAUACAGUGGGAAAGACGUGGUGUUAUGGGGAGAGAGAGGUGCCGAGAUGGGGGAGGUGCGCUCCAGGGCUCGUAGGAGCAUCAGGAGGUGACUAGUGAGUGGCAUGACAGAGGUGGGAAGACUUCACAGAAGAGGUGACAUUUGAGCUGGCCCAGAGGCCAGUGGGUGCGUGUCCACUGGAGGAAGAGGGAUGACCUGGGACAGGGAGCUCCGAGACAAAGGCAGGCUCAGCAGGCUGCUGCGUGGUUGGGCCAGAAAGCAGGUAGCGUUGGCACAUAGCAAAGUCCUUUCAGCAAAACUCACCUUGGCCUUUGAUUUGUCAUCAUCUGCAUGUCAGCCAGCUUGGAGAUGAUUUUAAAAAUAAAACAAUUUUUUUUUCCUUUGGCCCAUAAAGGCAUAUUUUGAGUCCAUAGCAAAUCCCAACCACUGUUGAGAGAACAGAGUUCAAAAAGACAUACAAUAUCUACUUUGAAAAACUCACUAGAGAUGCUUCAUAUGAUGGAGACAUAGAUGAUGUGAGACCAUUUUAAUCAGUUCAAAAGAAUGCAUACUUUUAAGUGUGCAGAGCUUUGGGAAAUACCUAUAUCUGAGUAUCCACCAUCAAUAAUCAGGAUAAAUUUCCACCCAAAAGUUUUCUUUCCCUUUCCCAUCAGCCCCCCCCACCCCAGUAACCAGUUAUGUCAGUUUAUAUUAGCGUUUGUCCUAGAACCGCACACACGUGGAUGUGUAUGUACUCAUUAGUGUCUGACUUCUGACCCUUCAGUGUAGUUUUAGGUUCAACCACAUUUUGUGUCUUGUUGCUGACUAAUAUCCCAUUGUGUAGAGAAAUCAUCAUUUGUUACUCAUUAAUCUGUUUAUGGAAAUACAGGUUUCCAGUUUUGACUUGAAUUAAAUUUGCUGGGGUUUGUAGCUGAGUGCUAGGGCCCUUGCCUGGCAUGCAUGAGGCCCGGGACUUGAUCCUUACUAUUGCAAAAGAGAAAAAUAUUUGCUGGCCAAGUGUGGUCACAUGUGCUUGUUCCUCAUCUGCUUGGGAGGCUGAGGCAGGAGAACUUCAAGUUCAAGACUACCCUAGAGAGGCUGGGGAGAUAUCUCAGUGGCGUAAGCGUUUAUCUGGCAAACUCGAGGUGUAGAGUUUGAUUCUGGGUAUGAUGUGCUCUGCUGGCCUGGAACCUCAGGUAUGCCAUGCCAGCCCUGAAACAGCGUGGUGGAACAUGCCUGUAACUCCAGCACUGGGAGGCUGAGA